AACAGCUUUCAAAUCUUUAAACAAUAUCAUCAUCACUCAAGCUGAAGCCCCUUAUUCAUCCCGCCUCUUUCCCUCGUAUUUCCAAUUUCCCCCGCAUGCUCACCGCCUUAUCGCUUCGCUUUCCCUCUUCCAUUACCAUUAACCCCAUCAAAACCCCACCAAUGGCUUCGGAAGUCCCGCCAAAGACGAAGCCCAAACUAACAGGGAGAGAUUUCUACAACUCCCUGGGUUCUCCGAAGACGGCGGUAGCUCCUAUGGUCGAGCAAUCAGAAUUAGCAUGGCGACUGCUCUCCCGCCGCCAUUCACCCCCAAACACCCUCUGUUACACACCCAUGUUCCACUCCCGCCUAUUUGCUACGACUCCCAUAUACCGAUCCCAAUCCUUUUAUCCACCCCUCGAUGGUUCAAAACCCGACCGCCCACUUUUCGUUCAAUUCUGCUCAAACACUCCAGAGGAUUUAUUUUCUGCUGCGCAACACGUAGCACCACAUUGUGACGGUGUAGACCUUAACCUUGGCUGUCCGCAGGGUAUUGCUCGGAAAGGAAAAUAUGGGGCCUUCUUGCAGGAGGAUUGGGGACUUAUCCGCAGUUUGGUAUCCAAAUUACACAAAGAUCUCGAGGUCCCGGUUACAGCGAAGAUCCGAAUCUUGGAAACCAGAGAACGCAGUUUGGAGUAUGCGCGGAUGGUGGUUGAUGCUGGAGCACAGGUUUUAACUGUUCACGGCCGGACAAGGGACCAGAAGGGGCACAAUACUGGAAUGGCAGACUGGGGUGUCAUACGGUAUAUCCGAGAUAAUCUUCCAAAGGAGGUUGUUUUAUUUGCAAACGGUAAUAUCCUCUGGCAUGAGGAUGUGCAGCGUUGUUUGGAUGCUACAGGCGCAGAUGGUGUAAUGAGUGCGGAGGGAAACCUCUACAAUCCGGCCAUCUUCCAAUCGGAUGAAGAUUGGGAAAAGAGAUUCCCGAGAAUGGACAUUUUGGGCAGGGAGUAUCUGGAUAUUGUCCGAAAAGAGGUCUUACCGGGACUCGAGGAGAGGGGACGGAAGCUCUUAUUACAAGAUCCCUCGAUAACGGCGAUAAAACCACAUUUAUUUAAACUUUGGCAUGCACUCUUGCCAAAAUAUACGGAUGUUAGGGCACUGCUUGCAAAAAGUUCUGCUCGAGCAAGCGAGGGUGGGGAUGUUUUGGAACCCUAUGAGACUUGCUUAAUGGAGGUUCAAAAAAUCAUCAAGGCCGAGCUAAACCAAAAUCCAGAGUUGACGGAUGAGAAUGGUCGAUGGGUCGGUCCAGACACUCCGUUCGAGGAAGGCGCUAAAGGGGUAAUGAUCGAGGUUGAUGGUGUCAAAUUCAAUAGGCUAGUGCCAUGGUACCGCUGUCAACCUUAUUAUAGACCAUUGCCCGAAGAGGCGAUAAAGAAGGGAGCUCUGAAUGUCAGAAAAAGUGCCCAGUGCCAAGGAAUUAGCGAAAAGAAGAAGCAGAAGCUAGAUACAGGGACGGGCGCCCAGUUAGUCACAGAGAGGCUGCAGCAGGCCAUUAAGGAUGAGCGAGAUAUUGCGAAAGGGGUUGAGGUGCCGGGGACAAGUACGGGAAUGGAGAGUGAUGUUCGCGCUAGUUGA